CUCCCUGCAGCGUCUGCGGAGCUGCUGCGUGCCGCGCACCGUCCAUCCCUGCGCUGGGGAGCAGAGACAAGCGGAGAUCCAGGCCAGCUGGGGCGACGGAAACCGGUGGUGGAUCGGCGGCAGCUCGUGGGGCGUUCUAGAGCGAAAUGUCAUCGCCGGAAUCACGGCAGUUGUCGCAGUCAGAUCCAUCCCCAUCACCAAACUCAUGUAGUUCUUUUGAGCUAAUAGACAUGGAUGUUGGCAGCUUAUAUGAACCAGUUUCUCCACAUUGGUUUUAUUGUAAGAUGAUAGAUUCUAAGGAGAUAUGGAUUCCUUUCAACUCUGAGGAUUCACAGCAACUGGAAGAGGCCUAUGGCUCUGGAAAAGAUUGUAAUGGGAGAGUUGUUCCCACCGAUGGGGGCAGAUACGAUGUUCAUUUAGGGGAGAGGAUGCGGUAUGCGGUGUACUGGGAUGAAGUGCCAUCCGAAGUGAGACGAUGUACAUGGUUUUACAAGGGAGACAAAGACAAUAAAUACGUUCCCUACUCAGAGAGCUUCAGCCAAGUUUUAGAGGAAACUUACAUGCUUGCUGUAACUCUGGAUGAGUGGAAAAAGAAACUUGAAUCUCCAAACAGAGAAAUUAUUAUAUUACACAACCCAAAGCUCAUGGUACAUUACCAGCCAAUUGCAGGGUCUGAUGAAUGGGGUUCAACACCCACUGAGCAAGGUCGACCAAGAACAGUAAAGAGAGGAGUUGAGAACAUCUCGGUUGACAUUCAUUGUGGGGAACCUUUACAAAUAGAUCACUUGGUUUUUGUAGUCCAUGGGAUUGGACCAGCAUGUGAUCUCCGCUUUCGAAGCAUUGUACAAUGCGUUAAUGAUUUCCGCACCGUUUCCUUGAACUUGCUACAGACACAUUUUAAGAAAGCUCAAGAAAACCAGCAGAUUGGAAGAGUAGAGUUUCUUCCAGUCAACUGGCAUAGUCCUCUGCAUUCUACUGGUGUGGAUGUUGAUCUGCAGCGGAUAACCUUGCCCAGCAUUAAUCGCCUCAGACACUUCACUAAUGAUACAAUUCUGGAUGUCUUCUUCUACAACAGUCCUACCUACUGUCAGACUAUUGUGGACACAGUAGCUUCUGAAAUGAACCGAAUAUACACACUUUUUCUACAGAGGAACCCUGAUUUCAAAGGGGGUGUAUCCAUUGCUGGUCAUAGUUUAGGUUCGCUUAUAUUGUUUGAUAUCCUAACAAAUCAGAAAGAUUCUUUGGGGGAUAUUGACAGUGAAAAGGGUUCACUACAUCCUGUUGUGGAUCAAGGAGCUGCACUAACCUUAGAAGCAGAUUUGAAGAAGCUGCACCUUUCUGAAUUCUUUGAUGUCUUUGAGAAGGAGAAAGUAGAUAAAGAUGCUCUGGCUUUAUGUUCAGAUAGAGAUCUUCAGGAAAUGGGGAUUCCCUUAGGACCAAGAAAGAAGAUACUAAACCAUUUUAGAACCAGAAAAAAAUCAGUGGGUAUUAACAGACCAACCACAGCGUCAGUUUCAGAGCUGAACAUACCCAAGGAUUCUGAAUUCAGCAGUAGUACUGAUGAUACUAAAAAUGAUGACUAUCUAGAUGUUGGCAUUGGGCAGGUCUCUGUAAAAUACCCCCGGCUCAACUACAAACCAGAAAUAUUCUUUGCCUUUGGAUCUCCCAUUGGAAUGUUCCUUACUGUCCGAGGAUUAAGAAGAAUUGAUCCUAAUUACAAAUUUCCAACAUGCAAAGGUUUCUUCAAUAUUUAUCACCCUUUUGAUCCUGUGGCCUAUAGGAUUGAACCAAUGGUGGUCCCAGAAGUAGAAUUUGAGCCAAUGCUGAUCCCACAUCAUAAAGGCAGGAAGCGGAUGCACUUAGAACUAAGAGAGGGCUUGACCAGGAUGAGUAUGGACCUUAAGAACAAUUUGCUAGGUUCACUGAGGAUGGCUUGGAAGUCUUUUACCAGAGCUCCGUACCCUGCCUUACAACCUUCAGAAACAGCAGAAGACACUGAAGCAGAACCUGAAUUAAGUUCAGAAAAGUCCAGUGAUGUUAAUAUAGAAGAAACUCCUCUGGCAGUUAAAGAAGAAGCUCCACCCAUCAAUGUGGGAAUGCUGAAUGGAGGCCAACGCAUUGACUACGUGUUACAGGAGAAGCCCAUUGAGAGUUUUAAUGAGUAUUUAUUUGCUUUACAAAGUCAUCUGUGCUACUGGGAAUCUGAAGACACAGCAUUGCUGGUCCUCAAAGAGAUCUACCAGACCCAGGGUGUCUUCCUUGAUCAGCCCUUACAGUAAAAAUGGCCCACCUGUAGCUGCUUAAUAUGGACACAGGGAUUUUCCCAGAAAAUCCACCUGAUUGUUGCUGCCGUUUUCUUCUCAUCAGCUACAUCGUUUCCUGCAUGUUGCGUGCCACUUACCUAACUGGGUCUUUGGAGGAUAAUCUUUCUGGAAAUUAGUGGACAACGAAAGGAAGAUACCUAUUUUUGGGGAGACAGGGUCUCCCUCUAGCCCCAGCUGGCCUCAAACUUACUAUGUAGACCAGGCUGACCCUGAACUCAAUAGCAGUCCACUUGCCUCUGCCUCCUGAGUGCUGGGAUUAAAGGCGUGCACCACCACCGCAAUGUAUUGCUUUUUAACCAUUGGCUUUAUAUAAACACUCAGUAGUCUGUGCUUAUAUCUUUUCUCUAAUAGUAGUAGGUGCCACACUUUAUUACAUGAAAAGAUAUAUAGUUUACUUUGGGUUUGAUUUGUCCAGGGUUGCUUAGAGGGAGGUUUCCGCUUAUCUUUAGAAAGUGUUCCAGUUUAGGAGAUCACUGAGAUUUACAAGUACUUAGGGAUCCAGUCAUUUCUUGUUCUUUGCACGCUAAACUAAGCAUAGAUGGAUAUGGAAAUAGUGGGGGAUGGGGGUUGUGGCUCUGUGUCUGUUUGUGGUUUUGUCUGGUUUUUUUGAGACAGGGUCUCUCUAUAGUCCCAGCUGUUCUGGAACUCACGUGUGCUGGGACUAAAAGCGUGCGCCAUCACGCCCGGCUUGUUUGUUUUUAAGCCAGUGUUUCUUUCCUCUAAGUACUUUAUGAAGAAAUAUUAGAAUGUAGCUUGCUCUGAGAACUGACAGGGUUAUUGCUAGGAAUUGCUGGUGCUGUUCAUUUUUUUUUUUUUGACAGCUACUCCAGCUUUAAGUCUGAAGAGUGUAUGCAUUGUAUAGCUGCUUCUUUAAACCAUAUUCCAAACUGGGGGUGACAUUUGACAGAAGUUAUUUGUUUAUACUUAUUUUGAAGAUGAAGUUGUAAAAGUUGGUGAACCUGAAAUUACAAGGCUUUUCCAAGGUUAUAAAUGGACUCUUUCAGUGGUGCCAACUUGUCACCUGCCACUUCUACUUAGGGAAGGAGAUACUGUGGUGUAAACAGCAUUGCUUUCUGAUGCAUCCCCCAGAACGCCUGCAUGCAGCAUGAGGUUUACCUUGAAGAACAUGAGUGACUACACUAAGCUUUUACCAAGGUGUCUGCUCACCACUUUGCUGGAGGUUUUCUUCCCCACUUGUCAGCACCUCUGCAGUGCUCAGUCCUUUGUACCCCCUCUUGGAUUUCCACAGGCCUGUUUUACAGAGUGCCAGAAGCAGGGGAGUUAUGUUUUGAUUUUUGUCCAAACAUUUUUUUUUCUAAACAUAUCAUGGUAUCCAAAAAUACUGGUAUUUAAUGCUCACUGAGCCUCCUUUAGAAAGAACAGUCUUUUAUCCUUUUUAGCAUAGAAAAGGAAGGUUAACUACUGUCAGUCGCCUUACAGGUUGUAGAUGCACAGGUGGGCAUAGUUCAAGCCUGUCUCUGCUUAUGGAUUAAUGCAGAAUAAGCUACUAAGAAGUUUCAGAUAUGUGGCAUAUUUUAUUUUCAUUACAGUAACUGAGUAAGAAUUAUUGAGAAUUAAGUAGUAUACAUUGUAUACUAAAGUUGUUGUCUUCAAAUUUGUUUACUCUUCUUGCAGAAUAGUUACUGUUUAAGAGUAAACCAAAGUACAACCAAGAAUGAGUUCCUGUAACCAAAGAUGGGCAGCUUAGCCCUGGAGAGCUAGAUAAACCACUGUACUAAGAAAUGCUUCUUUCCUGGUGGUGUGGGCAGAUAACUAAAACACCUUAGUGUCUCACCCAUCAUGACUGUGUGUUAUACAAUGAAUAAGGUUAAGGUCCUUUAUUUAGUUAUAAAUUACUUGCACUCCUUCAUUUUAUCAUGUGCAACCUCUUGACCAAGCCCAUUACUAAACUCUAGUAUAAGAGCAUUUUGUACAUAUUCCUAGCUACAGAAUUGGUUUUGCCUAAUCUCAGUGAGAGACUGCCUGCAAGGAAGAGUUAAUAGCACUGAUUAGCUUCUGAUAUUUUGCACUUUUGAAAUGUUUUAUAUGUGAUUAUAUUUAAGACUUUAGUAAAUACUGAAAUAAAACUGUUGACCAGUU